CAGCCAGCGGAGCCAGCGAGCAAGGGCGAGCCUGCGCCUUCCGUGAGACAUAACAUUACACACUAUCCAGCGGCAGAUAAACCCCUUCCUUCACUCUUUCUUACCCCUCAUUUCUGGUGUGCGCGCGGCCCGAAUACCGCCACCGCCGCGCGCGAUAAACUCACUAUCCCCGGCGUGUAUUGUAUCAAAAGAGAGGCAGCAGAGCAGCAGCGGCGGCAGCAUCCCCCGAUAUCUUGGCCUCCCCGCCACCGGUGAGUGCGAUCCACCCCUGCUGCUACCCCCAAAGCCAGCCGCGCACGGGCCUUAGUACGCGACUCAUCCGCCUGGUGUCAGUCGGCUGCAGCAGCCAUCCACCUUGGGCCGAGUAAGAUCGCUCUCGGAGUGGGGAGCCGAGACUGCCUCGAUCGCCUUUACUUACGAAAAUUCCCCCCUCGCACCGCGCUCACACACACACACAACCCAUGCUGUUCUUGCUGCGUUAGUUGGAGUUUCAGCCUUGAGUGAUAAGGUUGGCGGAGCGGCGCCGCAGCGCAGACACCGAGACGCACGUCCGAGUCGGACGCCACCUUCGCCGCCCAUGCCACCUGUGAUCUCGAGUGAAUUUCAGUUCGACUCAAGUGACCAAUAAGUUGAAACUGCCGACCAGUUCUGUGACUUUCGCCACGUUUGAUGCUGUCCUGUAAUGGCCUGACCAGCCCCCCGUCCUGACAGGGUUGACGCAGCAGUUGGGACGCGCGGAUGAGCGCCACUUUUCCGCCCCCGAGUCUGGAGUCGCAGGCGAGCAAGAUUGAGAACCUGGUCAACGAGUUGACAACAUCUCGGAGUGUUGUGAACAACAACCAAAGCAUGGACAUACAAGCUAUGCAAUCGAUGGACUGGCUCUUUAAGAAAGAACGAAUUUACCUUCUCGCGCAGUUUUGGCAGCAGAGAGCAACGCUUGCCGAGAAGGAAGUAUCCGCCCUGAAGGAGCAGUUGGCCGGCCAGGGUGCAGACAACAAUAACAAAACCCCUUCGUCGUCCACACCGUCGUCGUCCAGCAUGCCCUCCAAGCAGUCGAGCAACGAGGCCAACUCCGAGAACCACCCUGGUCAGGGGGAGUCCGGAGCUCGGCCCGGAUUCGAACAGGAAAUUGCAGCCAAAGAAAAAGAGAUCUCACAGUUGAGUGAAGACAUUCAAAGGUUACAGACGGCGCUCGGAAGGGCCCAGGACAGUACGGCGGCGCAGGUGGCCCGCCUCGAGGAGCAGUUGGAACAGAGGUCGCAGCGCAUCGCAAGGCUCGAAGCGCGCCUCGACGCACAGAAGGACUAUGAUGAUCUCAAGAGGGAACUCAGCAUUCUCCGAGCGCUGGAUCUGCCGGCGAUCGCGGCUGCAACGGCCGCAGCCUCUGAGAGCGGAGGUGCCGCCUCCUUGGGCACGCCGUCCGUCAAGGCCCUCGAGAUGCUGAACGAGGCGGCCUCUGCUCUGGCCACCAGGACCACCGCCACUCCCCAGCCGUCAGUCACUGAGGAGCGAACACAAACAGGUGGUGGCUCAACAACACCCUCAACACCAUCCGUGGCAGCCGCGGCGGCCUCACUGUUUCCUCCCGGCCUGCAAACGGUUGAAACCUUUGGAUCUUUUCUCGGCGAGGAGAUUGUGGCCAACUGGCGCCGCUCCCUCGAACGCACCAUUCUAAGUCAGAACGCGGCGAGCAGCCUGCCCGCCUCGCAAACGCAGUCUCAGUCGCAACAGCAGCAGCAACCGCAGGAGGCCGAGCGGUCGCCGUUGAACGAGCAGAGGCCGUCACCACCCUCUACGCCCGAGGCGGAGUCCAUCAAGGGCCCACGGGCCUCUUGCUCGCCCCCGCCAGCGCCCUCCACGCCUUCGAUGCAGCAAAUGCUGCAGCAGCACCAGGCGGCCCUGCAGCAGCACAUGCUGAUGAAUGGGGCGCCCAAGUCCCCGUCAGUCGACCACUCGCAGGGCAGCGGCAUGAAUAGUCCUAACGGCCCCCCUGGUCUUCUGAACCCACCCACCUCAGUGGCGGGCGCCAUAAUGCCCUCGGAGCCCCCCAAGUCGAGUCCUUUCCGUUUUGACGAGCGAGGCCCAUUCCGCUUCGAUGACAGACUCGGCCUGGGGGAGUCCCUCAUCCCCAAGGGCGACCCCAUGGAGGCACGUCUGCAGGAGAUGCUGCGCUACAACAUGGACCAGUACGCUAACCAAAAUUUGGACACGAUGCACAUCGCGAGACGCGUCCGCGAGCUGCUCUCCAUCCACAAUAUCGGCCAGCGGCUGUUUGCAAAAUACGUGCUCGGACUGUCGCAAGGCACCGUCAGUGAGCUGCUGUCCAAGCCAAAGCCCUGGGACAAGCUGACAGAGAAGGGCCGCGACUCAUACAGGAAAAUGCACGCGUGGGCGUGCGACGAGGGAGCUGUCAUGCUGCUCAAGUCGCUCAUACCCAAGAAAGGGGAAAUCUCACGUAAGCAAUGGCUUACAGGCAAGGAAGGCGCGCCAAAUCUUCCCCCGUUCGGCGGCCGACCCGAUGAACAGAUAGCCGAGGAACGGAUCGCGCACAUUCUCAGCGAGGCCAGCCAGGCCAUGAAGGGUCCCCUCGCAGGGGCCCCGCCCGGGGUGCAGGCCAACCUGGCGGCGGCCGUCGCCGCAGCGGCCGCGGCCGCUCAGCAAGAGGAUGCGCGCAGCACUGAUAGUCGCUCACCUGCUUCGGCACAGGAAAAGGUUGCCAGGAUCUACCAAGAAGAGCUGGCUAAACUGAUGGGCCGCAGACUUGAGGACUCUCUGAGAGCAGCUCAAGGCGGCGCCGGACAGGGUGGACCCGGACAGCAUUUCCCUAGUCUGCUGUUUCCUCAUUUCUUUGGUCCGGCCGGCCCUGCUGGUGGCAUGGAUCGCACUCACGAUGAAAUCCGCAUGGCUCUGGACGCGUAUCACCGCGAGCUGGCCAAGUUGAACCACAACGCCCUUCAGGGCGGAAAUAUCCCUCCUGGCCUGCUCGGCCUCCACCCCCAAAUGCCGAUGCUGAACGGCGGCGGCGCAGGUGUUGGCGGAGGCGUGCAAGACCUCUCGCUGCCCAAAGAACGCCCUUCCAGCGCCAGAGACAUGAAGCACUCACCUCACCACUCGAGCAGCAGCAGCCACAACGGUCCGCUGUCUGAUGUCGACGACAAGGGCUCAGUCAGUAAGGAGUUGACGGCGGCCACUGAAGCGGCCGUGGCUGACGCGCUGAGGCACGCCGGCAGCGCCUUCUCCCUUGUCAGACCAAAGACAGAGCCGAGCAGCCAAGCCAGCAGUGGUUCUUCCACAGCCCCCAGUCCACUGAAUUCCAUCUUGCCACCCACAGGCCCUGAGGACUUCGCCACGUCCUCGGCUAGUCCCCUGCAGCGGAUGGCCUCAAUCACCAACUCGCUCAUCUCGACGCCCAAUACGCCGUCCCACCACUCGCCGGCCCAGCGACCCCUGAAGGCCGUACUGCCGCCCAUCACGCAGCAGCAGUUCGACCAGUUCAACAACCUCAACACCGAAGACAUUGUCAAGAAGGUACGUUUGUUGGUGAAGGAGCAACUUAGUCAAUACUCCAUCAGUCAGCGCCUGUUUGGCGAAUCAGUCCUCGGACUAUCUCAGGGUUCUGUGUCGGACCUUCUGGCGCGGCCCAAGCCGUGGCAUAUGCUCACACAAAAGGGACGCGAGCCGUUCAUCCGUAUGAAAAUGUUCUUGGAAGAUGAGAAUGCUGUGCACAAGCUGGUCGCGUCGCAAUACAAAAUCGCCCCAGAAAAACUCAUGAGGACUGGCGGCUACGGCUCCAUCAACCCACCUGGAUUCGAACCAAUGAACUUUGGAAUCCACAGAGACAGAGAUCACUUCCAUCCCAAGGCCAGCAUGAAAUCACCUGCAUCAAAAACGCCAAAGUUGCCCGAGCAGAUGGCGAAAGCGAUGGAGUCAGCCGCUGCCGCCCUGGGAAACCCAAUGGCCCUGUUGCCCAGCCUGGCGCCACCCUCCGCACAGUCCACUCCAACCUCCACCCCCUCUCUGCCGCCCCCAAUGCAGACGCCGCCCACGCCGUCUCCCGGCCUUCUCAGGCACCCUGGUAGCCCCCCGAUGACCCCCGACUCGCCCAGUUCGGCCGCCUCGUUGCUCAAGAAGCACUCGCCAGCUGGUAACAUGCCGAGGGCGAUGGCCGCUGCUGCCGCGGCAAUGCAGCAACCCAGUGUGUACGAGAUGGCCGCCCUCACGCAGGACCUGGACACGCAGUUGAUUACCACCAGGAUUAAGGAGGCGCUGCUUGCAAAUAAUAUUGGACAAAAGAUUUUCGGCGAAGUAGUGCUCGGCCUGUCGCAGGGCUCGGUAAGCGAGCUGCUGUCCAAACCGAAGCCAUGGCACAUGCUGAGCAUCAAGGGCCGCGAGCCUUUCAUCCGCAUGCAGUUAUGGCUGACCGACCCGAACAACGUGGAGCGGCUGCAGCAGAUGAAGAGCGAGCGGCGCGAGGCCAACAAGCGGCGCCGCACCACCACAGGCAACAAUGGCCCUGCCGACAACAGCAGUGACACGUCGUCCAACGACACGGCAGACUUUUACCACAUGAACGAUGGCAGCCCUGGGCCGCCGUCGGCCAAGAAACAGCGCGUGCUCUUCUCCGAGGAGCAGAAGGAGGCGCUACGGCUGGCGUUCGCGCUCGACCCCUACCCCAACAUGGCCACCAUCGAGUUCCUCGCGUCUGAGCUGAACCUGGCGGCACGCACCAUCACCAACUGGUUCCACAAUCACCGCAUGCGCUUGAAGCAGACCAUCCCGCACAACAACAACGACGCGUCGCCGCCCAAUGCGCUCUCAAGCAACUCGUCGAGCAGCUUUGACCCGGGCCACUUCCGCCUGCUGCUCACACAGCGCCUGGCCGAGAUCCACAAGGAGCGGGGUGGCGGCGCCAUGCCGCCCUUCCCCUUCUUCAACCCGUCAGUGGCGGCCAUGGUGAGCCCAGCGGCCGCCUCCAUUCCGCAAAUCCCACCGCUGGCGCCGCCGCACCUCAUGAUGGCCGCGGCCAUGCGUGAGCAGCUGUCCUGCCUCGACCUGAGCAUGACCUCGCUGAAGAAGGACUCUGACGAUGAUGAGUCUGGCGACGAUUCGGACAUGGAUUCUAACGACGACUUCCGCAAGACCGAGCAGCCGGCGGCACCCGCGGCGGCGCCAGCCCGCUCCUCGAGACGGAAGCCGGCAGCUCCACAGUGGGUUAACCCCGAGUGGCAGGCGGACGAGAAGGAAAAAGACGAGACGAAGGACUCGCCGCCAGCCAUCAUCAACGGCGUCUGCGUGAUGCAGGGCAACAACUUUGACUCGCUGCGGCGGAGGAGCGAGGACGUGGACGAUGAGACCGUCCGCGUGGAGCCCACAGCCGCCGGACAGGCGGACAAGGGCGCCGCGCUCGCCGACAAGGAUGACGACGAGCCCGCCGAGCAGACCAAACUCGAGCUGAACGUAACGAGCGCAGAGCAAGCCCGCCAGUCAGACGAUGACGAGGACUGGGAGCAGAAAAUCGAGCAGGACAAGCAGCGCAGCGCUAAGGUGGACAACGGCGGCGCCGCGAGCGACGACUGGGACUUCUAAGCUCAACUCGUGAUGCGAAUGAAUUUUACUUAAGACACGCAAAACGUGCAAUCAGCAACGAAUCGAACUGAUAUGUAUAAACAAAGUGCAUGGUCGUUGUUUUACCUAAACGCAGUGUCUCGUCGCGAUUUAAAAGCAAAAGUCCCUUUUUCUACCUAAAGAGCCAGUAUCACUAUCGAGAGAGGUGAAUUUUGAAGCGGAAGAAGCAGAAAAGUGUUCUCUCUUAGUAUUCUUAAAGAUCGCGUGCGCGUAAUCUCAUCUUCCCUCUCAUGAUGAUUUUUCCCAGAAACGCAUAUUACAACAUAUAAAUUAAAUGACGUAUUCACUAAGUUUUAAGAUUUAAUAGUCCAAGACUGUUUGUAUAGCGUAAAUUAUAAAUUUUGAUUCAAUUACUUAAUCGGGGAGUGACUUGCAAAGCUGAGUUGAUUACAUUAGGGAUGUGAUAGAUUUUUAAUAAGUUCGGCAGCCCAUUUUAGUUAUCUUUUAUUAAAAUUUUUUUAAAACUAGCUAGUGCACUCAGCGAGCUGCCGACGCCGCGCACACGCACCGGCUACGAACAGCCGACAGCACACAUAAACAAAUACACAUGUACACUAUACUUUUUCAUUCUAUACUGGAUAAUUAUCGAGUUUUUGAGUUUACCCAAUACCUGUUGUUAUUGAAUCGUCAGUGUAUCAUUGUAAAUAUGUGAUAUAUCAUACCAAUUUUAAUUGAUUAUAAUUAUUAUUUAACUAUUGCGAUCUAUGAAUUAGUUGGUAAUCUCACUAUCAGUUGAUUGAAACGCGUUUUCCAAGCUGCUAGUGACUCUCACCCUUGCUGAUGAUUAAAUACUGUUUUUACUAUUCGUAACGAGUUUUCACAAGAGCAUUUUGCUUCUAGUCUCUCGGCCUUUGAUUCGAUUUGAUGCAUUUCUGUAUAAUUUUUAUAUUAACUUUUUUGUUUAUUAUCGUAUUUUAUACGCGCCUCCUAGCCAGGAGAAACAUAAGAAUAGUCUUUCAGUUUUAAUUUUUCCAACUCAACGAACGAUUUUUUACAUAGAGUUCACGCACGAGUCACGCCAAAGGCAGUCACUUAUUGAGGUUAAAAAAUAGUGAUACCACUCGUAAUUUUUAAGUUCCCUCUCUCCUUUUUUCGGGAAAAACCAACUGAUUUUUCUAUUCGAGAAUUAGGAACGGAGUUCUUUGAAUCAAAGAGCUUCCAAAAAGGCGCAUUGUCUACUUAAGCAAAUGGCCUGCCUUUUGUAAAAGGAACCCUGCCCGCAAUCUGUAGAACGUAAUUUUCACAUACGCAAACAGACGCAGACACUUGAAAACACAAACUCGAAAGAAGUCAGCAUUAUAUACAUUUAGUAGCUGUUUAAAUUAUUGAAUUCGGUGUGAGGGUGAAUGCGGAUCGAGUCUUUUUAUCCAAAUUUGUUGACGAGCGCGAAUUUGAAUGUCAUACACACACACACAUCACUCCUUCUCACUCGUGUAAUGUGUACAACCGCAGUGAUAGCUAAUUAAAACGAAAAAUACAAAAAAUAUGGAUUAUUCUUGCACACACGUACGCGAACGCACCGCCGGACAAGACGGAAUUCUCACGGACGAUUUCAACUCGCGAGCAUUCAUCGGUCCGACCGACAUUAUUGAAUGAACCUACUCACACAAAGACAGGACGAAAACUGCCCCACGCGCACCCCCUGCCCCCCGUAAAAUGGUAAGAGACCACUCUUGCCCGAAAUGUGGAUGUUCAUUAAGGAUACACACACGCGCAGACACGAUAAUUUAAUUGCUUACGCGUAUAAAUAUAAUUGUGAUUGUUUGUCCCUUGUUGAAUUUGUAAAGAAUACGCAUUAAGAAGCGAGCACUGUGAAGAAAACAAAGCGUGAAAACGAUUGAUUCUCUUUCUAUAUUAUUAAAAUAAUUGUGAGCAGACGAGAGCUAAACAUGUUGAUUGAUUUUUUUGUUGAACUUUAAGCGUAAGGAUUAUGAUGAAAGCAAACUCGUUUUCUCUCUGCAUUUCUGAAUAGGAAGCAAAAAAUGAAGAAUCACACACACGCGCGAUUACUUGCGUUAAAAAAGUGAAAUACUGGAGCCAGUUACCGAAGAGCGUAGUGAAGUAAGAAUUGUAUUAAUUAUAUAAUGACAAAAGGAGAUAUCAAUAUUUAUUACUUAAGUGAGAAAAUGUGUACAUAAGAUAACAAUUCAAAAAUAAUCAUAUCAUUACCGCAAACAACAUUUUUAAUGAUGGUGACAAAAUAUUUGAGCAAAAUUACACUCACUCACGGGGACGAGAGUUAUUUGUUCUCCUCUCCGGCGCAGAGACAAGAGCAACAUGUUACGAAAAAUAGUUACAAAAUAUCUCCGCAAAAAUGGUGUAAUAUGAAAUCCAGCGAUUGUUUGUUACUUUUGCUGAUUCGUUUUGUUUGUGCAAAAAUUGGGGGUCGUGGAAUCUCACGAUUCACGGUUUUCUUUUUUAUUAUUGAUUUUUGGACAAAAACACACUCGCGAAAAAUGAUGUAAAACACAAUGAAAGAAGAUCUCAGAGGGAAUUAAAAAUGUUGACUGAUAAAAUAAUAUGUUGCAUCAAAGAAGAAUUAUGUGAAUUGAAAGCACACACGACGUACACGCUCUAGAUGAAAAAUGUCCCUCUAACCUUAUUAUAUAAAAUACAUUUCUUCCUCUUGUAAUUAUCAAAUGGUAACAAAAUCACCAAUAAAUCUUGAUUCUUAAUAAUAAAA